CCUCCUCCUCCUCCUCCCUGGAAGGAGUCCUUGGCUAAUAAUAAUAAUAGUUGCUGCCCUGCAUUCCCCUGCCUGCCGCUAGGAAGCCUCCCACUUCUCUGUGUAUGAGAGAGAAAAGCCCCUGCCACUGGCAGCAGGAUCCCCCUGGAAGCGAUCGUUACGUGUGAAGCCCCGGCACAGUGAAGAGAUCCCAUACCCGGCAGUAGCCAUUAUCGCAGGAGCAGCUCCAAAGAUCCGAUUUUGGACUAUUCUUUUGAUUAUGACAUACAACAUUAAGAUGCAGUCCUAAGGGCUACUGAGACUUAUCUACUGUAAAGGAACUGAUUGCGAGAGGGCUGCUGAUGAAUACUUUGUAUUCCCGCAUUGGGCUGUUGGACGCCAGCAAUGCCAGAGAGGUCAAAGACUCUUGAUAAGAAAACAUGACAAGCUAUUUUUAUUUUCUGUACACGCUUGCUCUGUUUUAAACUUCUUCAAACAUUUUUCAGAAACAGUUUUCAAAAAUGACAAGUCUGUUUCGCAGAAGUAACAGCAAUGGGAGUUCUAGAAGUACCCCAUCCACUCAGGAACUUAAUAAUAGCCGUCCAGUGCGGAGGCUGGAGUUUAACCAGGCCAUGGAGGAUUUUAAGACUAUGUUUCCAAAUAUGGAGCAUGACAUCAUUGAAUGUGUGCUGAGAGCCAACAAUGGAGCUGUGGAUGCUACAAUAGAUCAGCUGCUUCAGAUGAACCUGGAUGAUGGUGGCUAUGACAACAGUUCUGAUUCUGAUGACAGUAUUCCUCCAGAGAUUUUGGAAAGAACCUUGGAGCCGGAUAGCUCUGAUGAGGAACCUCCUCCAGUUUAUUCCCCUCCUGCUUAUGACAUGCCUUCAUUUGACAGAUCAAAUCCACAAACACCACCUACUCCUCCUCCUAGGACUGAUGUGUUGAUGAGUUCCAGUGGCCCACAAGUAGCAAAACGGUGCAGAAGAUGGAAUCCUCCUUUAGUGGGCAACCUACCAGAUGAUUUUCUACGCAUUUUACCCCAACAGAUGGAUACUAUUCAGAGUUCCCAAAGUGGUCCUUCUAAUGUUCACUGUGAGGAUGCCAAAAAGGAACAGCAAUCCAUGGACCAGGAAAGGAAAUUAAAGCAGUACCUGGAAGAUGAGCGAAUUGCCCUUUUUCUACAGAAUGAAGAAUUUAUGCGGGAGCUUCAACGAAACAGAGAAUUUCUUCUUGCACUCGAAAGAGAUCGUUUGAAAUAUGAGUCAAAAAAAUCCAAGUCUAACAGUAGUCACGUCAAUAAUGAUUUCAGCUCUUGCCCUUCAAUAUCUGCAGGUGAAUUCCAGGCCAUUUCAGGAAUUUGUGACUCUAACAGUACUGUAUCUGAAGAUGCCUUAUUUAGAGAUAAAUUGAAACACAUGGGCAAGUCUACAAGGAAGAAAUUGUUUGAAAUCGCCCGAGCUUUUUCAGAGAAAACGAAAAUGAGGAAGUCGAAAAGGAAACAUUUGCUGAAGCAUCAGGUCCUUGGAACAGCUGCCUCCACAGCGAACCUUCUGGAUCAUGUUGAAGUUCAUUCAUGUGAUGAAGAUGCGCAGUCAAAGUCGAGACAGCAGAACCGUGAAGAAAACGAAACACUGAAAGGACAACCAAAGUCCUAACUCCAAGUCCUUGGUGACUCAAAUUGCUUAUCACAGCCAGAGGAAAGAGAUUUGGAUUUGUGCUGCGGUUACCUUUUUUUUUUUUCCCUUUUGGACAAAUACAAGGCACAAUUUUUUAAUCACAUAUUUUAAUAUUUAAUGAUUACAGCCAAACCUCAAUAUUUGUAGCAAUCAUACUGCUGAAAUAUAGUGGUAAAAUGGCAACAGAUUACUUAGCUCAUUUUCAUCUUCAGAUACUACGAUCAUUUUGUAUUUUAUUUUGUCUGGAGGAUGCUUCCUCUUUAUGUAGAAAAACACAUUUUAGGGAAAUUUCUGUGCACAACACAAAAAGCUGUUGAUUUACUUUUUGAAUAGGAAAAAAUAACCAAGUGCAAUAAACAUAAAAUGUUAUGUUAUAUGUUUGUAGGGGACGAAUCACUUUUAUUCACUCUUUAUCUAAUUCAUAGGCUUGCAAACUGCGGGGCUGCCCCCUUGGGGGCUUAAUUGGGGGCACUCAGCCCGAUGGUGAGAUUUGUGUUGCAUAUGUAUCUGCCUUACUUGUUAGCUGUGAUGCGGUAGCAGUGUGCCUGUCAACAGUAUUUUCAGACAUCUGUAAUCUUGUUAUAAGAAAAAUGGGGCCUGACCAAAUGUUGAAGCUCAAAGGAUGAACUUCAAAUCUAAUAAUUUGAAACCUUUUGAUCAGAAGUGUGUCCAUGAUGAUGCAACAUCCUUCAUGCUCAUGUCUCGCAUCACAAAACUAUUCACAAGUGUAAAGGGAGAGAGCAAAAGAAUACUCACUCAAGUAGCACAACAAUUACUGCUCCCUCCCUUAUAAGAAGAAUUCAACAAAGAUUUUUUUUUUUUACAGCAUUAUAAGAUUUUUAUAUAUUUUUUUUUUUAACAGGUUUUUAGUGCAGGAUAAUAUGUUUGUAUUAUUUUAAUGAUAAUAGUUAAGACUAGGUUUUACUUCACAGGCCAUGUAUUGGGUUCCAGUGUGCACCACAGAUGUAUCUUUUGGCUGUGCAGGCAGCCUGUAGUGGAGAAGGAAAUCGCCUUUUGCAUAGUAAGGUAGCAUAUAACAUUGACAUUGGUUAGAAGAAUUCAUUUCUGGAAAAGCUUAGCCUGUUUUUUUUUUUUUAAUUUUUAUAACAAAAGAAGGUACUGUCAUUUUCUUUAACAAUCCUUUAAAUUAUAACUAAAAACAUUUUGUGGGUAUGAACAUGCCCUACCGUAUAAAUAAUGAAAUCACCUCCGACAUAUCUUGUUUUUUUCUAAAUUAAAAUAAUCCAUUGUAAAAAAAACGUUUUCUUUUGAAAGGGGCUCAAAAUGUAAAAAAAAAAAAAACAUGUAGUUACUAUAUAUUUUGUACUCAUGGUAAAAUAAAACUGAAUGUUUAUUAUAGUAAUGUAAAGAGCGUUGUUAAUAUGGUUGCAUCAGAAACAGACAUUUAAUUGUAUGUAUCAUACGUCAUGCAGUAUGGUGUUAAGACAGAUUUAGAUUUGUAUACUUUGUAAAGUAUUGAUGGAAUUUAAAAAAAGGUUAUGUAUUAUUCAAACAAAAUACAAGUGUUUAUAAUGAUGCCACAAUUAUAGCUAUUUAUUAUCUUGUAGUAACUCUCACUGGUAGAGAUUUUUGGAAAGAUCAUUAGUAAUGGAUCAGGCACCUUGGGUCGAUGACACAAGCUUUCUGGAGCCAUCUUAAUGAAUGCGCAUCUUUAUCUGCUAAAUACUUACUGUACAGUAUAGCUCCAAAUUACCGAAAGCCUGUCUCCCAUAGAUUCCAUUAUAGUCCAAUAAUUCACAUUUUAAAGAUGAUUCCCUUUUUCUAUAUAGAAAUAAAACAGUUCCUUGUACUUGAUCCCAACUAAGAUAUAAUUAAUCUCAAUUGGAUGCAAAACACUUCUAUUGGGUUUAAUUGAUGUUUAAACGAUUUUUUAGCAUACUUAAGGUAUGAAGAUCCAAAUUAUGGAAACAGCCCUUAUCCAGAAAAUCUGAGGUUCAAAUAAGACCAGCACUCCAAUUAUUUUUCAAAUGAUUUUAUUCAAUCGUCACUCGUGUUUUCCAAUGUUUCGGGCCUCCUAAGGAUGGCUGAAACGUUGGGGGAAAAAAAAUAUAUAUAUAUUAAUUUAUAUAUACACAUACACACACAUACACACACACACACAAACACACACACACCAGGUCAAAAUGACAGUACUCACCGGAGUUUGCAUGACUGUAUUUAUCACAAUAGACUUUCAUUUUGCUUCAUUAACACAGUUGUGCAAACUCCUGUGAGUGUCGUCACUUUGGUGUAUUUCAUUAUACCAACGGCAGCCAGGUUUAAUAAUAUGCUUUUGGUGUGCAAUCUAUUCCAGAAUUUGUGUGUGUUGACUACCCAUGUGUAAAUGUGUCCAUUGCUGAUAAAUGAGUCCCACAACUGAAAAUAUCUCUGCUCAUUGGAUCUUUCAUUGAGCAGCCAAACCUUUUGGUCAGCUAAACGACCUUCGUAGGAAGAGUGCAGAGCCCUUUCUGCUCUUGGCAUUUGUAUAUAAAUGGAGCAAAGUUGUUUUCACACACCAUGUCACAACAUAUAGCAUUUAUUCUAGUAAUAACAAUAUAUUUAACUGGAGAGACAUGUUGAGUCUCUGAGCCUGUUGAAUAGAAUAUGUUUGUUUCACCUGUAUUAUUAAAAAGAGAGAGAGGACAGAGUAAAGACAGAAGAACCACUAAAACCAGCAGCCUCCAUCUCUGUCUAUUCAUUUACAACUAAAUAUUAUAUGGCAAGUGACGUGAUAAGAUCAUUCUUCAAUGAUCAAAGUGACCAGCAGCUCCAUGCAUUGCUUGCUUUUGAGACUGGGAGUUGAUGAUCGCCUGAAAGGAUUUUUUGUAAGGUCCUAUGUUCAUAUGUGCUAAAUAUAGCGAUCGGUAGAAAAAAAAAAAGAUAUAAUCAUACCAUGUGUUAACUACUUGCUGUGGUUAUACUGUAGAGACCCCCAAGACUUUGACGUGUUAAGCAAGUAGUCAUUUUUAUAUUGUCAUGCACAUGCUGGGUUACUACAGUGUCCUGUGUUAAUGUCUUAAAGCAAUUUCUUUAUUAAAGUCAGUAUUUGUAUUAACCAAA